UGAGGUACUUAACAAUAGACACCAUUUGAUAUUUUUAUUUAUCUUUCAGAACUGUAACGAAUCGUCCAUGGUUGUGGAAAGUAAUGAAAUCCAAGACAUGUCACUGAUUACUGGGAGCCUGAUAGACGUCCCAUCAGAGAUUUCACAUCCAAUCAGCAGCCCUGAACUUCCAUAUGUUGGUGCAAUAACAGGAGGAUUAAAGACAGAUAUGGCUGUAAUCUUUCAAGGGAAUAUUCCAGCAGACGCCAAAGAGUUUAAAAUAAAUUUCCAGACGGGUGAGUCUGAUGGUGAGAACAUCGCUUUCCACAUCAACCCCCGAAUUGGAGAGUUAGUGGCCCUAAACAGCUUUAGAAAUGGUAGUUGGGAGACUGAGGAACAUGCCUCCAUCAUGCCCUUUGCCAAGGAAGGAGCAUUGAAUAUGAACAUUGUCAUCAACUCAGAGGGAUAUGAGGUCUAUGUGAAUGGCUUGCAACACUGUACAUUCAAGCACCGCAUUCCUUUAGAGAACGUUUCUACUCUUGGUAUUUGUGGAGAUGUUAUCAUCAACUACUUUGGAUUUGUUGAAAACUGGAGCAGAUCUUCUUUGGCACUGGAAAAUAAGCAAAGCACUGAAAUGAGAAGCACUUCUGUGACACUUCUACCCAUCACAACAGACAAGCUUACGCUUCCAUUUGUGGGCACCAUCCCAGGUGGGAUAAGAGCAGAUAUGGCUGUACUAUUUUAUGGGACAAUUCUUGCAGAUUCCAAUGAGUUUGAAAUAAAUUUCCAAACAUGUCAGUCCUCUGAUGAUAUCGCAUUCAACAUCAAUCCCCAAAUUGUCCGUUUUCUGGUGCUAAGCAGCCUCAGAAAUGGUGAAGAUUUAGCUUCAGACAACGGAGCAGCCUUCAAUAUGUUUGUUGUCCUCAAAUUAGAGGGUUAUGAGGUCUAUGUGAAUGGCCUGCAAUAUUGCACAUUCAAGCAUUGCAUUCCUUUAGAGACCAUUUCUUCACUUGGCAUUCGUGGAGAUGUUUUCAUCAAUUUCAUUGGUUUUAUUGAUGUAAGUCAUACAAAUUCCUUUAUUUGCUGUUUAAUUUAUAUUUAAGAAAUUAUUUCAUUGUCCAAUUGGAGAUCUUGACUGGAAAAAUUUUAUCUUGUAAUUGUUCUAUCAGAACUGGAGUAGCUCGUCCAUGGUUAUGGAAAAUAUUAAAAUCACAGGCAUGGAAAGAUCAUGCUGGAGACCUAUACCAAUCCCAUCACAGGUUUCACAUCCAGUCAGCAACCCUGUAAGUUAAAUAGCACAUGUGAAUACCACAAAUUUAGAACACUUCUAUUUGAAUUACAAAGAAAUAAUUAGAAUUUUAAUAAUGUAAGCCUACCCUCUGAUUAUUCUAUCACACCACUUGAUUCUUCACUUCAUUCUGCCCUAGGCCCUUCCUUAUGUAGGAGUGAUCCCAGGAAAGGCAAGACCAGAUAUGGCUGUCUUGUUCCAAGGGGCUCUUCCUGCAGAUGCCAAUGAGUAUGCCUUCUUUUAACUAAAAUAUAUCAUAAAAGUUAAAAUUAUUUAUCUAUAAAGUACCCUAGUUAGGGAUAAAAAGAAGCAAUUAUCAAGAACUUAUACUUUUUCAUUAUUGAUUAUUGAAUCAUGAGUGAUUUUCAAAAAAUGUUAAUUUCACUCUUUACUUGAAUCAAAUAUUAGAACUUUUUCCUUUUGUUACUAAUCUUUUUACUUUACAGAUUCACAAUAAACUUCCAAACAGGUGAGUCUGUUGGUGAUGACAUCGCUUUUCACAUUAACCCCCAACUCGGCCAUUAUGUGGCACUAAACAGCUUCAGAAACGGUAGAUGGGAGACUGAGGAAUCUGCCUCUGACAAACCCUUCACCAAGGGAGCAGCCUUUAAUAUGUUUGUCGUCAUUAAAUCAGAGGGCUAUGAGGUGUGUACCUUAAAUUAAUGUCUCAUUCAUUAAAUGUGUAGCAGUCUGG